AUGCAACGGACGAUUCUCUCUCUGGUGUUGGUGACACUCGCCUCCACAACACCAAUCAGACGCCAGACCAGCUCUGUGCCACAAUACGUCCUCGAUCACGCGCCCCUCGUCCAUCUCGACGAACAAGAGCAAUGGUUCCCCUCCGACAUCACCGCACAGCUCACCAACAGCCACCCAACCGACGCCUCUUCCAAUCCUAUUCCCAACGCCCCUUCUCCCCUAACGCUCUCGAAUCUCAACUCUCUCGCCGGCGAAGGUGUCUACGUAACCUCCAACGAAGGCAUCACCGCCCUGCCAGAAUGGUUUCAUGGCGUCGCACCAACCCCCGAUGGAUCCACCCCAGGCGCCGUGGCUAGCGUAGUCAUCACGGUGCCCAAAACCAACGACAUUCUCGAUGUCUUCUACUUCUACUUCUACGCCUACAACGAAGGGAAUGCUCCAUUAAGCAUUCCCAACUUUGAGUUCGGCAACCAUGUCGGUGACUGGGAGCAUAACAUGAUCCGCUUCAACGCCACAACCUCCACCCCCCUCGCAACGUGGUACAGCCAACACGCCUCCGGCCAAGCCUUCACCUUCUCCACCCUCUCUCUUUCCCCGGGCACCACCCGGCCCCUCGUCUACUCCGCCCGCGGCACACACGCCAACUACGCCACUCCGGGCCCGCACGAAACCGCCUUUCCCGGCCUCGCCUUCCCAGGUGUCAUCCUCACCGACCGCACCUCUGCGGGCUUGCUGUGGGAUCCGUUGCGGAAUGCUUGCUUUUAUGAGUAUGACAUUAGGAGCGAUACAUUCACGGCGCUGCCGGCGCCAGGGAAUGAGGGAGGGCCUGCGGCGCCGACGAAGUGGUUGGAUUACAGGGGCCGCUGGGGGGAUCCGCAGUUGCCGGAUGGGGAUCCGGCGCAGAUGAAUUUGUUUGGUGCCAGGAAGUUUACGGCGGGGCCAACGGGGCCGAGGGAUAAGAGGUUGGGGAGGGGGCCGGUGUGUAAUGUAGAUGAGGGGGCGGAGUGUUUCGUUAAGAAGACGUUGAUUGGCGCGAAGGUGUGA